AUUUCUCUGUUGAUUCUUAAAUAUCUUUUUAAGCUCGUCCUCAUCACUUUAAGUAACCCACUUCUCUUAUUAUCCUUUUAUACUAAUUCAAUGAGUAGUCUCAUUAAAAUGGAGAACAGCACAAGCAUGAGUUACUUGGAUCAGAAUCAAUUAUUACUCAAUGAAUUAGUCCAAGCUAAAGAUCUACCAGAACAGUCAGAAACUGAUCUUGGUACUGCUGCUUCUACUAAUGUACACUUGUCGGUACCUAUAAUCUUAUCUUCUUUUGAAGAAUCCCUUUCCAGGUUGACGGGAAUCAAAUCCGAAUUCGUCAAUGAGCCUCAAACGACCGGAUCGACUGACUCUCGAAGUAUGGUAAAUGGAGGUCCUAGAAGCGAUUGCGACUCUGAUCUUGGUUCGAACCCCUACAAAAAGAGGAAAACGGUACAGACAUGGACGGAACAAGUACACGUUUGUGAAAAAACUGGCCUCCAAGGGCCCAUAGCAGAUGGGUAUAGUUGGAAGAAAUAUGGACAAAAAGACAUUCUUGGAGCCAAACAUCCAAGAGGUUAUUACAGAUGUGCUCAUAAAACUGCUCAUGGGUGUUUAGCUAUGAAAAAAGUUCAACGAUCGGACGAAGACACAUCGAUCUUUAAUGUCACAUAUAGUGGAAAACAUACUUGUAUUCAAGCUGCACAUUUCCUCCCAGGCCAAUCAGUUUACAGAGCUGAUCAACUAUAUGCAAAACCACUGAAAAAAUCACAAGAAACUAUCAUCAAUUUUCAAUCAGGUUGUCAUGUUAAAACAGAGAAUUCUGGGACGACCCAAACAUUACUAAGAUCGCCAUCUACAUCCAUUCAAUGUAUAGAGAGACAAAGCAACAACGACAUUUCCUCCUCGAUGGUACCUGAUAUUCAGUACUCCAUGGGUAGUCCGUUUUUAUCUCCAUAUUUAUUAGCUCCGGCAACUUCAGAAUCUGGUUCCUUUUCUCCUUGUAGAGUGCAGGACUUGCAAACUUUGGGCUAUGAUAUUUGUGAGCACACUUCAAUAAUAACUUCGGCAUUUGAUUCUGCAGAUGUUUAUUUCGAUUUCAAUUAUUUCCAUGGCUUAUGAUUUUAAUUUUCUAUUUGUUGUAUACUCAUCAAUAAUUUUGUACAACCAGAUGAGUUAAGGAUUUUUCUCC